AUGAAGCUCACGUUUGGGAUUGCCGCAGCGCUUGUGAGCUGUGCUGCAGCAUCGCAGCCCGCCGCUGACGUUUACAUCCUGCCGAAUCGCGAAUCAGCGUCGCCACCGUCCAUCCCCAGCAGCAUCGCCCGACUGAUUAUGCUGCAGCGAUCGUCUUCCGGCUACGACGCCUCGGUGCAUGAAAUUCCUGACGAUGCCAAUGUUGAGGAAGUGGUUUCGUUAAUGAACCAGUACGGAGGUGACUCUGCCUCAUUGUUCGAUGAGCUCGCCGUUGAGCCUAAGCAGCUGUUCAUUAUGCUGGAGGGCUUGACAGAAGAGCAGAUCAAGGAUACCAGAGCAAAGUUGGGCGUGCAGCCUUCGUUCACCAUCCCCGAUGCACCUUCUACCGACCGUCAGCAUUGGGCCGCGGGCAUCCAAGUGCCUCUGGAACAGCUUCGGAAGAGUAAAACGAAGAUGAGCUGCUCUUAUGAUGAAAUGACCAAUCCAUUUGAGUCGCGGUGCUGGACGGGAAGAACUUUGAUUGCCGAUUUUGAUAUCCAAAAGAAGCCGGAACAACUGGGCAAUGUGAUCGAUAGCUUCCCCCGGCUGACUUCGCUUGCUGAGAUUGGCGAAGUGCAGACAACUUUGCUGCUCCUCCCCGGUGUUGGCAAGUCCUCGGACCAACAGCAAUCUUUGCAUCGGCGCCAGGCAGAGCGGGUGAUCUCCCACUUUCAUAAGACUGCUGCCCCGGUGGAACCCACCACGCCGGCCCAAAAUACCCUCCGAGCCCCUGCAGGCCCUAUUCCCGCCUGCUUUGACUCCUUGGACAGCUGCAUCUCCAAGACCGGCAAUUGCUCACACCAGGGGCAAUGUUUGGAUAAGUACGCAUCCAAAGAUGCCAGUGCCCUUGCUGACGCCCCUGUCUGCUUUGCAUGCCACUGCCUAAGCACCAGGGCCGAGAAAAACGGACCUCUUACCCAUUGGGCGGGUCCUACGUGUGCCAAGAAGGACAUUAGCGUCCCGUUCUGGCUCUUUGCCGGCUUCACAUUGCUUAUGCUGGGAACUAUUUCCUUGGCCGUCACCUUGCUCUAUAAUGUUGGAGAUGAAAAGCUUCCGGGUGUCAUCGGGGCUGGAGUUUCCAACAACAGCAGAACAGGCAUCAAACAGCAAGGAGCGAUCCAGGAGCUUCAAGCGGCAAGACCAACAGCUACUCGUACCUGCUCCCAGUCAACUGGCGGCCUCAGGCUAUUUGAUGGCGUCCACUGCCCACUCUGGCUCUGCAUCUCCCAUCUCAUGCUUCUCGCAUCGGGAUUGUCCGCGUCUCGACCAGGAUACCAUACCGAGCGGCCAAAGCUGCCCACAGCAAAAUGGGGAGCUGCCUGCGCUCCCUGUGCCACCGCAAAGGCGAAGUGUAUACGAUCAAACGAAGCUUCGGGAGCUAAGUGUGACAGAUGUGAGAGACUCUUGAAAGAGUGUACGAAUCAAAUCCAUCGCCCUCGAAAGAAGAGACAAUCCAAACCCUCCCGAACGGCGCAGAUCGAAGAGCGGCUGAACGGCCUUGUUAGCCUUCUCAAGGCCUCCGGAGAGCUCUCUGGAGCUCAGCAUGACCCACAUUCGCAAGACGACAACGAAGACCCGAGAACAGAAGGCUCUUCUGACCACCUAUCUCCAUUUUCAAGCCCGUCCAGUGCUAUUCCCAGCAUCUCUAACCAAGCCAAUACUUGGAUCAUCGACCCAUCGUACAAUUCCUUCACACCGAAAUCAUGCAUCUGCCAUCCAGACACCAUGGAGGCGCCCCCGCCUCCAGAUUCAGACGAAGGGCUUCUUGAAUUUUAUCGGAAAAAUCUUCAGCCCGUUCACCCUUUUGUCAUAAUUCCACCCAAUAUCUCAGCAGCUGUCUUAGCAGCAAGAAGGCCGUUUCUGAUGGCAGCUAUUCGGAUGGUCAGCUCGUUUCGAAGUAUCAGGUCGAUGAGGGCGCAGAUGUAUCAUCUGAUGAAGCACCUGGCAGACCAUAUGCUCAUCCGCUCAGAAAAAUCUCUGGACCUGUUAUUGGGAAUUAUAGUCAUGUUAGGUUAUCAGCAGUACCACUGCUGUCUCCACGGACAGCUCAGCAACUUGAUAACCCUGGCCGGCAGUUUAAUUGGCGACAUGGGCUUGAGCAAGCCCCCAGGCGUACACGAACGAACGCGAUUAAUGGUCGUCCGCCCACCAGUGCAACAUGGUCGAAGUAACGAAGAGAGAAGAGCUUUUGCAGGGGCAUGGUACUGGGCAUCAGUAAUAUCCAUGAAUUUUCAAAGGGUUGAACCCAUGAGGUAUACUGGCUAUCUCCAAGACUGCAUACGGCACCUCGAAGAACACCCAGAAUAUGAAACCGAUAUUUCUCUCGUCUAUCUUGUCAGGAUACAAAGGUUGACGGAGCGGAUUUCUGAACUCAACUCUAGAGGCGGGACCUCGGGGGAAAUUUCUCCAGUUCCUUCAGCCCCUAUUUCGGCUUAUAUCUUGGCAUUUCAAAACGAACUCAACCACAUUCGGGAUUCUAUGCCUAAACAUUUGAAAGAUGACAGUCAUGCACGGCUUCGGCUAUACGAACCUCCCGUGGUCGAUAAAAACUUGAUCCGCUCCCUGUCCAAAUCACUCUCUUCCGUAUCCAUGGCUACAGAUUCACCGCUUGAUAAGAUAUAUCAGUCAAGUGCCGCUCUCACAGGGUGGUUCAACUCGUGGCUUUCUCUUCCCAUCUCUACCUACUACUUUCAAACUACAGCAGUAGGCUCUCAUCUUGUCUACGCCCUCGUCAUGUUAGCCCGAUGGGCAAGGUUGGCGACCCCUAGAGCAAUGUACGAGGGCAAAACAGCAAUGCCAGACGACCCGAGUGCGAAUAACCCUAAUGUAGCCCUGUACAAUUCCGAUAUCGCAAACUCGCAGUGUGACCCGGCUAUGACGACGGAAAAAUGUGAUAUGCCGGGGGGACGGUUGCCGGGACGCCCCGAUCUAGGUGACGCUGACUUGGCAGCAGCUGUGGCUGUACUGCGGACUCAACUGCAGACACAGCCAGGACUCAUGAUUAAUAUCCCUGAAAUCCUCUCUGCGAUAUCCGGCCGCUUUGAGCAUGCGAAUGCAACCUUCCAGCUAUGUGCCGCAGAUCCUGAAAGAGUGAACAAGAACGUCUGGAUGAUGACGGCGCUAAAAGUCCGCAUUACAAGAGCGAAACUGGAGAAAUGGGCAGAAUUGGUAUCUGAAGGGGCGGAAAACAUGAAUCCCGAAAAUGGAUCGGAACCAGACCAGAGAAUGGCUGAUUGGCAAGCAGCAAUGCACAUACCACAAACCGAAUGCGCUGGAUUGGAUGACAUGGGACUUUUCGCAGAUGAUGGCUUACAGGAGCCGCAAAUAGAGAAUACUUGGGGGCAGACAGCGCACAUACCGUGGAGUAUUGAUCCACUAUCUGGUUUCGAUCCCAGCGGAUGGUUUGAUGGAUAUGUGGAUUGGAAUUCAGUCACGAUGAAUGCUGUA